UUGGAGGUUUGGAACUAAAAGGAUACGAGGGUUUUUGAAGCAGCAGUUGCAGAAGAAGGCGAUUCUCUUUAGUUUAAGAUUUCGCAGCCGACAUGCCCAAAUCGAAGAGAGACAGAGCAGUUACUUUGUCGAAGACGAAGAAAAAAGGAAGGGGGCACAAGGAGUCUAUAGUGAAUGGAAUCAGGGAUGCUGUUGAAAAGUUCGAUUCCGUCUAUGUUUUCUCAUUCGAUAACAUGAGGAACUCUAAGUUCAAGGAGUUCAGGGAUCAGCUUCAGCCCAACGGAAGGUUCUUUCUCGGAUCGAACAAAGUCAUGCAGGUUGCUUUAGGUCGCUCGGCCGCUGAUGAGAUCCGACAAGGCAUUUCAAAAGCUUCCAAGCUGCUUCGUGGGGAUACCGGUCUUUUCCUGACAAACAUUCCAAGAGAGGAGGUCGAAAGAUUAUUUAACACUUAUGAGGGUUACGACUUUGCAAGGACCGGAAGCCCUGCAGUUGAAACGGUUGAACUUAAGGAAGGUCCUCUGGAACAGUUCACACAUGAGAUGGAGCCAUUCUUACGCAAGCAGGGGAUGCCUGUCCGACUAAACAAAGGUUCCGUGGAGCUGCUCUCCGAUUUUGUUGUCUGUGAAGAAGAGAAACCAUUGUCGCCAGAAUCUGCUCGCAUUUUGCGUUUGUUGGGUAUCAAGAUGGCAACUUUCAAACUGAACUUAGUCUGCAGAUGGACCCCUAAUGACUUCGAGCUCUACCGGGAAGAAUCCGAUCUCCUAGAGGUUUGAAUCUUCUAUAAUCCAAGGAGAUAUAUGUUUAACGACUUCGGUCUCGACAGAGCUAUAGUUUCCAAGAUUGCUUUUCUUUAGUUUGCCUCUCUGAAUUUUGCUGCGAAAAUGACCCAUUGGCUUAAAAUAUAUCGAAAACUUGUUCUUGGUUUGUGUAUCUGAUUGUUUUCUCUGUGUAUCUUUGGUUAGAACAUGUCGUGCUUUUGCGCCUAAUCCGGAUUAUCAUGUUUUGAGAUAA